UCAGAGUUGGUGCAUGUUUUUACAUGUCUGGCGGCCGUUUAUCUGAUUCUCAUAUUUACCUGAAACUGUGAAAGAAAUUUCAGAGUUGCUGUUCAACACGGCAGUCUGGAGAAGGAAAUAGAAAGAUCUCCAAAUAUUUUAGGCUUUAUAGACAGACAGAUUGAGAGUGACUCUUGAAGGACCAGCACCACAUCCUCUUCAAAUAUGCAAAUAAUGCUGGAAAACUGAAGAAUCUGCAGGACCUGGAGGAUUUUUCUGAAGAACAGAGCUCAGCUUAACUGCUCAGAACAAACAAGGGACUCAUGAACAACCAUCACAAAACAUAAAAACAGUCGUAGAUCAUCCAGACUCUAAAAUGAAUAUCUAUGGGGAGAGAGAGGAGCAGGAUGUUGUUUAUGACCAGAACCAGAGAGCAGCAUCUCCAAAGCCCAGCUGUGUCUCUAUGAAGAGCGAGGAAUCGAUACAUCAGCCUCCUAAUCUAUGUGAUGGAGCAGUGAACUCUAGCCCCAGACAAAAGGAAAUUUAUUCAGCAUCAUGUCCAGCUGUAUCCGGAUCUAUGUCUAUGAGUAGAGAUGGAUCUAAACAUCUCCCUGAUAUCAGUGAUGGAGCAGUGAUCUCUGACCCUGUAGAUGACCAGCCUGAAGACCUGCAGCAGAAUUCUCACCAACCAGUAGAUGAUAAACUACAGAGAAUCAAAGAACAACACAAAACCAGAAUGAAGAACAGGUAUGAGAGCUUAUUUGAGGGAAUCAAAGUUCAAGAUAACCAAACUUUGCUGAACAGGAUAUACACAGAGCUUUACAUCAUAGAAGGAGAGAGUGAAGUGGUGAAUGAAAAACAUGAGAUUUUACAGAUGGAGAAAACACCCAGAACACACCACUCACAAGACACUGCAAUCAAAUGCAAUGACAUAUUUAAACCUCUGCCUGAACCAGGAUGUGAGGAGAGAGACAAAAUCAAGACUGUUCUUACUAAAGGCAUUGCUGGAAUUGGAAAAACCGUCUCUGUGCAGAAGUUUGUUCUGGAUUGGGCAGAGGGAAAUGCCAAUCAGGAUGUAGAUUUCAUGUUUGUGCUUCCAUUUCGAGAGCUAAACUUGAUUCAAGAUCAUCAGUACAGUCUUCACAGACUUCUGCUGGACUUUCAUCCUGAACUUCAAGAUCUGCACUCAAAUAUUUAUGAGAAGUGUAAAGUUGUGUUCAUCUUUGAUGGUCUGGAUGAAAGCAGAAUGAAACUGAUGUUUUCAGACAGUGGGAAAGUUUCUGAUGUAACUGAGACUUCAUCAGUGGUUGUGUUGAUGUCAAACCUCAUGAAAGGAGAGCUGCUUCCCUCUGCUCUCAUCUGGAUCACCUCCAGACCAGCAGCAGCCAAUCAAAUCCCCUCCAAAUACAUCAACCGUCUGACAGAAAUUCAGGGAUUUGAUGAGCCUCAGAAGGAGGAAUAUUUCAGGAAGAGAAUCAGUGACGAGCAUCAAGCCAACAGAAUCAUCUCACACAUCAGAAGAGCAAGAAGCCUCCACAUGAUGUGCCACAUACCUGUCUUCUGCUGGAUCUCAUCCACUGUGCUUCAAAAGAUCCUAAAAGAAGAUCUGAGUGCAGAAAUCCCUCAAACUCUAACUGAAAUGUACAUCCACUUUCUGCUGACUCAGAUUAACAUGAGGAAUGAGAAGUAUGAAAAGAGAGAUCCAGAGAAACUCCUGCAGUCCAACAGAGAGGUAAUUGGAAAACUUGCUAAAGUGGCAUUCAAACAGCUGAUGAAAGGCAAUGUGAUGUUCUAUGAGGAGGACCUGAUUGAGAGUGGCACUGAUGUCAUUGAUGCCUCCGUGUAUUGUGGGAUUUGCACUGAAAUCUUUAAAGAGGAAUCUGUGAUUCAUCAGAGAAAAGUCUACAGCUUCAUACAUCUGAGCUUUCAGGAGUUUCUAGCUGCGUUCUAUGUGUUUUACUCCCAUGUGGUUAAGAAUAAGGAAUUACUGCAGUUUCUGGGUGAAAAAUAUAAAUAUGAUCAUGGCUCUGAAUAUUAUUCAAAUUGUGGUUAUAAUGAGCACAUCUCUUAUGAAGUUUCUCUGUAUGAGCUACUAAUAUCAGCAGUUGAUAAAACUCUUCAGAAUGAAAAUGGACACCUGGAUCUUUUUCUGCGGUUCCUGCUGGGCAUCUCCCUUGAGUCCAAUCAGAGACUCUUACUUGAUCUUCUGGUACACACAGAGAACAGCUCAGAGACCAUAAGAGAAAUCACACAGUACAUUAAAGAUGAAAUAAAGACAAAUGACAAUCUUUCAGCUGACAGGUCCAUUAAUCUGUUCCUCUGUCUGCUGGAAGUGAAUGAUCAGACUCUGUACAUAGAGAUUCAAGAGUUUGUUAAAUCAGACAAACACUCAGAGGAGAAACUUUCUCCUGCUCACUGCUCAACAAUUGCCUACAUGCUUCAGAUGUCUGAAGAGGUGCUGGAUGAGUUUGAUCUUAUGAAAUAUAACACAUCAGAUGAAGGAAGACAAAGACUGAUACCAGCUGUGAUGAACUGCAGAAAAGCUGUACUUGCUGGAUGUGGUCUCUCUGAUCUACACUGUGAAAGUUUGUCUUCAGCUCUCCAACCAUCAAAUUCCCAUCUGACAGAGCUGGACCUGAGUAACAAUGAUCUGCAGAAAUCAGGAGUAAAGUUGCUCUCUGUUGGACUAAAGAGUUCACGCUGUGAACUCCACAAACUGAGACUUGCUGGAUGUGGUCUCUCUGAUUUGCACUGUGAAAGUUUGUCUUCAGCUCUACAGUCAUCAAACUCUCAUCUAAGAGAGCUGGAUCUGAGUAACAAUGAUCUACGGGAUUCAGGGGUGAAGAUGCUCUCUGUUGGACUAAAGAGUUCACACUGUCAACUUAACAUACUGAGAUUGGUCAUCUGUAAUUUCACUGGUCAGUGCUGUGGAAGCUUGUCUUCAGCUCUACAAUCAUCAAACUCUUGUCUGAGAGAGCUGGACCUGAGUAACAAUGACCUGCAGGAUUCAGGAAUAAAGAUACUUUCUGAUGGACUGAAGAGUUCACACUGUCAAAUAAACAUACUGAGCCCAACACGCCCUUCUGAAAGAUUGUCUGGGUGUAUGUUGACAGAGGAAGGCUGUCGUUAUGUGUCUUCAGCUCUAAAUUCAAACCCCUCACACCUACGAGAGCUGGAUCUGAGCUACAAUUACCCAGGAGAUUCAGGAGUCAAGUUGCUUGGUGAUACACUCAACCAUCCAAACUGCACACUGGACAAACUAAAUGUGGAUCAUGGAGGAGAGUUCAGGAUUACAACAGGACUACACAAAUAUGCCUGUGAUCUCACACUAGAUCCAAACACAGCAAACACUUGUCUCAUUCUGUCUGAGAAGAACAGAAAGGUGACAUAUGUGAGAGAAAAACAGUCAUAUCCUGAUCAUCCAGAGAGAUUUGAUGAGUGUCAUCAGGUGUUAUGUAGAGAGAGUCUGCCUGGACGCUGUUACUGGGAGGCUGAAUGGAGUGGACAUGAUGUUGAUAUGUCAGUCACAUAUAAAAGAAUUAGCAGGAAAGGAGGGAGUGAUGACUGUUGGUUUGGAUCCAAUAAAAAUUCUUGGAGCCUGAUCUGCUCUAAUUUUGGUUUUACUGUUCGUCACAAUAAUAAGUUCACUGUUACACGCGUCCCUUCACACUCCUGUAGGAGAGUAGGAGUGUAUGUGGAUGUGUCGGCCGGCACUCUGUCCUUCUACAGUGUCUCUGAUACACACACACUCACACACUUACACACAUUCACCUCCACAUUCACUCAGUCUCUCUGUGCUGGAUUUACAGUUUUUGAUGGUUCCUCAGUGUUUCUGUGUCCGAUUGUAAACCUGUGUGCAACAACAGAGACGUAACACACACAACUGACUGAAAGAAAUACUUUCACUUUAUAUAUAUAUAUAUAUACACACACACAAACCCAGUUUUCCAAAAAGAACUUCAAAUUUUGAUUCGUCUGACCACAGAACAGUUUUCCACUUUGCCACAGUCCAUUUUAAAUGAGCCUUGGCCCAGAGAAAACGCCUGCGCUUCUGGAUCAUGUUUAGAUAUGGCUUCUUUUUUGACCUAUAGAGUUUUAGCCGGCAACGGCGAAUGGCACGGUGGAUUGUGUUCACCGACAAUGUUUUCUGGAAGUAUUCCUGAGCCCAUGUUGUGAUUUCCAUUACAGUAGCAUUCCUGUAUGUGAUGCAGUGCCGUCUAAGGGCCCGAAGAUCACGGGCAUCCAGUAUGGUUUUCCGGCCUUGACCCUUACACAGAGAUUGUUCCAGAUUCUCUGAAUCUUUGGAUGAUAUUACGCACUGUAGAUGAUGAUAACUUCAAACUCUUUGCAAUUUUUCUCUGAGAAACUCCUUUCUGAUAUUGCUCCACUAUUUUUCGCCACAGCAUUCGAGGAAUUGGUGAUCCUCUGCCCAUCUUGACUUCUGAGAGACACUGCCACUCUGAGAGGCUCUUUUUAUACCCAAUCAUGUUGCCAAUUGACCUAAUAAGUUGCAAAUUGGUCCUCCAGCUGUUCCUUAUAUGUACACUGUAAAAAAUGAAUGUGAUUUUAACGGUAAAAUAUUGUAAAAACGCUACAGAAAAAAAUUGUAAAUAGGUUAACAGUAGGUUCCCGUAUUAUAUACUGGAAAAAACUGUAAAAGACAUUUUAUAAAUUUUACAAUUUACAUACGUAAAAAAAACAAAAUCAAUGUAUAAUUUACAGUCAAAAUCUGUAAACUGAUGUUCCCACAAUUCCCUGUGUGACACUCCACAUUUGAAAGUAUUUUGUUUAAAUAAUCAUGUUUCUUAAUAGUUUUUGUUAUCAGUUAUGUACAUUAGGGUUUUAUGUUACAUCUUCUGUUGUUUAAUGAAUGUUUAUUGCAUUAUUUAAGUAUUGUGGGUUACCAUGAUGAUGUUUUGCGUUUGCAUGAAUGACUCUGUGCACCUUCUUAUGUUAGUCUAUAUUUCAGCUUGUGGAAAAGCUACUUGUGAUGAACUCUGAUUCUUCAUGUGGCUUUCUCUUUUACCACCUGCAUUAUUAUGGUGGUUGUCAGUAUAUGUUAAAGGUAAAAAACAGAUUUUAGUAGUAGUGUGCAUUGUUGAAUUUAUUGGUUCAAACAUUCAAAUUUUCUUAAAAUACAGUUUUAUACUGUAAAAUGUA